GCCGUCUUGACCGAGAUCCUACUGUACCAUUUCAAACCCGAGUCUGCGCUACUCUACAGUCUGCGGAAGCAGGGGAGGACCGUGCAAAUUCCCAACGAGCUCCGGGAUUCAAUCCGCUGCCAAGGCACUCACCAGUCACCACUUCGGGGAAAAAAGGCUUAUCUUUGAAAGAGCUCGAGCACUGUGUCUGUUGUAAAAUUCGUUCGUUUCCGUUGUCUCGGAAAAGCAACAUGCUGGUAUAGUAAAUAUAGGGGAAAUAGUUGUUUUUUUAUUCCUUCCAAGCGCACAUUUCUGUUGGAUUUUUAUCUGAAUAAUGAUUUAAUUUCGUGGAUAUUUUCGUUAUUUUCUUCCACGGUGGAACGUGCGGAGCACGAUGUGCACAUGCGGUGGGACGCUCAGGGGUCUCCUGACAGUUCUCAGUUGAGUGUUGGAGAUUUGAUCGGUAAACAUUCGCUUGUUUUGUUUUUACACAAUAUAUACAUAAUUUAUGAACGAAUGAAAAAAUACCAAGAAGGACUGCAAAGAUUCGACAUUGAUCUUUUUUGAAAGAGUUGUGCGUGCAGUCUUCUGCAUGGUUGCUAUAGCCAACAUCUCAUUGCCAUUUUAAUUUGUUUAAUUUAACUUUUCCAUCCGAAGUGCCACUGUUAGCAUCAUUUCCGUAUCAUGUAUUCCCAUUUCAAUACAAUUCCGCAAUUGAGACUCGGCUAGUUUAGCCUAAAUAUCCAGCUUAUUUCCGUACCGUAAUUGGACCGAGGAGAGAGCACAGAACCAACGGAGACAUGGCUAAAAACCUGUCCGAGGGACCCAAUGAGCUAGAUCUGAAUCAGCUACCGGACGAAGAGCUGCUGCAAUGGGGCAAGGAGCAGCUGGUCAACAGGCUAAGGAGAGUGGACAGCGAGAAGUUAUACCUGAUGAUCGAGCACGGCAACAUGAUGAAAGACGUUAACCGGAGGCUGCAGGUGCACCUGCACGAGAUCCGCAACCUGAAGGAGAUCAACCAGAAGCUUCAGGACGACAACAACGAGCUGCGCGAGCUCUGCUGCUUCCUGGACGACGACCGGCAGAAGGGCAAGAAGCUGUCCCGGGAGUGGCAGCGGUUUGGCCGGUACUCCGCGAACGCCAUGUGGAAGGAGGUGGGCACCUACCAGCUGAAGCUCAAAGAGCUGGAGGCCAACCAGGAGACAGUGGUGCGAGAGAACACGGACCUGAAGGAGAUCAUCUUCAUGCUGGAUGAGGAGAGGAACGGAGCCGGUUCCCGGAGCUCCAUAGACUCUCAGUCCAGCCUCACCAACCUGAACGGCGGGACAGGGAUAGUUCGGGACUUCGGGGAUGGCAGUAGUACCUCCAGCAUGGGGAGCGCAGGUAGCCCUGACCACCACCACAGCCACAACCACAUACACAAGCUGCCCGCGGAGAGGGAGGGCAAGCUGGGCAGCACCUUCCAGAGGAGGUCCAUGGAUGACCUGUCAGCGCCACACCAUCACAGGAGCAUCCCUAAUGGACUCUGUGACUGGAGUAUGUUCCGUGAUUCUUCCGAUGGCAUUGAGGAGUACACCACAUCAGUCACUGGCUUCAUCAAUCAGUGCAUCGACGACUUCGUUCCCACAGUGACUAGCCUUGACAACAGCCAACAGCUCCCGGUCCCCCACAUCAUAGUUUCGCUCCGCCGGGCUGAGCUUAUUCGAAAAGACAGCACAGGGGCGGAGCUUUGGUGGCGUACCCGAGCGCUGAGACAGCACCGCUCCUACCCCAGCCUCGGACGUGUCCACCUCUACUAUAAAUGCCAAGGAGGGAUCAGGAUGAGCCAGCAGGGGAGUCGAGGUAAACAGAGCCUUCAGGUGACCAAAAGCCCCGUUUGCCCCAGCUGA